AUGAGUGCUUCAUUUGUGGAGCUCGCUGGCGCCGACUCCAUCGAAACAGCUGCUCUGAAGGUACUCGAAAUGUUGGGAUUUAUCUUUCACAUAUAUUUUCAGGUCGCAAACCACAUAGAGUCAACCAUCGACAACUCGGACAUUUAUGAAAAGUUGACACAAAAUGGUUUUAAUUUUCGUUUGCGACCUUAAUACUUUUUUUCAGGUACAACGCCUCUUUCCGGUCUUGGUGACAAGUUUUACUCCAAAGGAGCUCCUGAAUUCAUGAUAAACAGGCGGGUACCGAUCCCAGGCGAAUUGCAGAUGCAAAUGAAUAGUAUCACCAAUAUUUCAUUUAUCCAAUGAUAUUUCGGUUCAGAUGUUCACAGCCAGUUUAGUAUGGGAUUUUUCACUGCUAUAAAUCGGGUUUGGGUUGUUAUCGAUAACAAUCUCUACAUGUGGAAUUAUGAGACGAAGUUUGUUCAGAAAGAAAUUCUUGAAAAAUAAGGUUUUUCCAGCGAUGACUUGGCGUUUUUCGACUCCUCUGAAACAACUAUUAUUAAAGUUUCUCUAGUCACGAUGAAACCCAAUGUGUUUGAUGUAAAAAAAAAACAUUUUUUUUUGUUGAUUUUAAUAGAAAGUUUUACAGCCGUGUGUAACUUAUGGCCUUGUGAUUGGAACAAUAACGGAUAUUUCUUUAUACCCGGUGGUGGAAUCAGAGGAUCCCAUGGCGCCCCAGUUGGCCAUAGAUCCGACCCAUUUCUUCAAAGUUUGUCAAUUUUCAGAGGAUUCUUCAUAAUAAAAAUUCAGAUCAACUUGGAAGGCGCAGCUAUCGGAGACAUUGCCUGCACCAAUCUCGGUAGAAUUUUCUAUACUGCUGGAAAUCAGCUUUAUGAGUUUGUUUAUGAGGUGAAACGCUUGAUUUUCCCUUUUUUUCAUGUUUAUUUUUCAGCGUCAAACGGGUUGGUUCGGAUCCGGACACAAAUGCCGUUCAGUCAAACAAUCGGCAACGUUACUGGGGACCUUGAUUCAGUUGCCCUUCUUUUCUUCCGCCAAAGGUUGUUCUGAUUUUUCUGAGUUUGAGAUAUAAUGAAAUGUAUACAGAAGACCUGGACCAAAUAACUUUGGAUAAAUCGAGGAACAUUUUAUAUUGCCUUGGGAAGAGCGGCUCGAUUCUGGUGAUUUUGUUGAGAAUUUUCGCGUUGAUUUUUUUUGGGAAAUAUAAUUUUAGUAUAGGAAAGUGCUAUUUUAGGUCAAGUUUAACCUCUGCGCUUUUUAAUAUCUCAUGACUAGUUAUUCAUCAAAACUAUCCCAAUUAAAACUUUGAAAUGAGGUUUUUGAAGGCGCAGAGCUCUCGCACGAACUAAAAAAGUAUUGAAGAAGCGUUUUUUUACUAUAGUUCACCCUUCGAAAAUUUAAAAAAAAAUCUAUUUUUCAGGUUUUCGAUCUCGGUGAAAACGGCGACGAAUGCCGGAAAGUUUGUAGCGUUUCCUCUGGACAAAUCGCGGUAGGGCUUCAAACUGAUUAGAAUAUUUCUCUAAAAAGAUUUGUAAAUUUUUUUAUAGUCUUUUUCUACAUCAUUUUUUUCGUGUUUCUACAGCUCAAUUUUUCACCUUUUUCAAUAUUUUUUUAAAGGAUUUGAAAGCUAAAAAAAUAACAUUUUUUUGUUUUUGUAUUGCGCAAGAAUCAUGUUUUUUUGCAUGAACUUUUUGAAAUGAAAUCCGGUUCAAGAACCACUGAAUCUUCUGUUCCAAGCAGAUAUGACUUUCGCAACUUUGAAAGCCAUUCGAAUACAAUCAUUUUAUUUGAAACAUCAAAAUUAAAUAAAAAAAUCAAAAAAACAACCGUUCAAAUUUCUACUUUUUUUGUUUUUCAGAAAAAAAUAUGUUUAAUGGUAAUUUUUCAGCACGAAUCCCAUUUACUCACUCAAUUCGGCCACGAUGAAUCAACUUUCAAAAAUAUCACGUCGAUUUGUGCACUCGAAGCGAGUCAGUCCAGCCAAUUCAACUUGGUCUAUAUUUAUUUUCAGUUCAAAAUAGAAAUUCAAAAAUUUCAGGUCGCGGUUACUGUAAAAGGAGUUCGGUUGUACUUUUUCAGUUCUUGCCAGAGCCCUCAACCAAGGCGUAAUGGGGGAUAAUAUUGCCAGCGGAAACAGAGUUAAUAUCCUUAUUUUUAUUCAUUUUCAACGAAGAUUUUCAGUGUCUGACCCAAUAUGAAGUGAGGCCGCAAUGUCUUCGCGUCGCCCACGUCAGAUUUUCCCCGGGAAUCACUCCGACGAGUAUCUACGGCAACGCUCCCAAUGGCGUCACUGUGGCCUUUGUCAAUGAAAGUAGGAUUAUUUUCUGAUUUUCAAAGUUUCUUUUUAAAGAUUUUUCAGCUUUUAGGCCUUUUUUAUAUCAUUGAAGCCAAAUAAGCCCGAAAAAGAUAUAGAAGAAAUCAAAGGUUCAGCAGCGAUCAGAUUUUUUCGAAGCUAUUUACUAGAAACGUACUCAAUUUUUAGAACAAAAUAUUAGAAAGAUUUUUGGUAGAUGUAAGCUUUUCAGACUGGCAAAGUAGGAAUUAUCAGAAUUUAUCGAUAAAUACCAUGAUUAAAUAUAUCAUUCAGCGAUUUGCGCAAUGGCAACGGCCAACAGAAACACCGUCUGGGGUCUGUCCAACUAUUUCUACCCGGCGGCCAGAAUCUUCUGCGAAUCUAUGGUGAUUUGAACUUUUGCCAACAGUUUUAUUCAAUUAAGAUGUUUUUAGACUGAAAUGAAUGUUCCUGGACACGUUUGGGAAAUCGCACUUCUGACUGGAAGCGUGAGUUUUUCUAAUAAACUAUUCAGAAUUUUUUUCUUUUCACUAGAAGUGUUUUAAGGUUUAUAAGCUACUUGAAAAAUUCUUCAAAAGUUUUUUUUUGUCUGAAAACCUGUUUAGAUGCUCCCAGUUCCUUCAAAAAACUCAUCCUUUCAAGCAGUCUCACUAGAAAUUUUCAGAAGGUUGAUAUCUCAACGGGACGAAAUGGAACCGUCGAUCGAGUCAAGCCUCAUGCCUACUACAGGCAACAAAUCGAAGGAAAAACUCGUCUCCUUAUUUGUUCCAAUGAAGUGAAAUUUACUUGAACUUGCCUAAAAAUUUUGAAAUUUGAGGGAGUUUUCGAAUUCGAUCAAGUCGGUGCUGUAGAUGCGUUCCGUGACGCCUUGUACGAGAGUGGAGUCGAAGGAAAGCCAACGUUGAAGUUGUGGCAGAAGCUCGGUUCGACUGAGGUAAGACAUCGCAAAAAUGAUCCCAUUAUUGAGCUUUGCAAUUUGCCAGACAUAUAGAGGCUUUCCAAAGAAAUUUAUCGGUUUAAUAAAAAAAAAAAUGAAUCGUUUUUCUGAUCACUUUUGAGGUUUCUGAUCAAAAAGUCUAUUCAGAUUUCUCGGGAAAAGUCUGAAACGCCAAAAAAGGAGGAGGUUGCAAAAAGAGAAAUGUUUUAAAAAAAAGUAGUAACCCUCAAAGGAUCCUUUAACAAACCUGCAGAUUUCUCAGGCUUAUGAAGGCUAAAAAAGUGUUGUGAAUAAGUCUAUAAGAGUUGAAGGGAAUUUUUUUGCAGAAAAUUUAUUUUUUUCAAAAAAACUGAGCUCUUUUUCGGCUUCUAUUCUUGGAAGCCCGACUUGUAAAAAAAAAUGGAAGUAGAAAAAGCUAGCCUUCAAAAAAAAAUAUUGUUUUGUAGCAACCUAAAUAAUAAAUAUUUUGAUUUCGAAAACUUGAGGACUUCAUCAAAAAUAUUUUCCCAGAUGUUGAUUCUAUCGUUGCGAGUUCUUACCAGUGAUUCUCCAUUGGACGAAAGAAUCAAACUCAAGGUUAUCGUCAAAAAUGUAUUCACAUAAAAAGGGGACUUAAGGCGGAACAGAUCCUUCAUAGUUUGAAAGAUGCUCCAGAGCUGGUCGACGAACGUUCAGUUUUGGAAACCUCGACCUGGUCGCCCGUGGAAGGCGACUUUGCCGACUGGAAACAGAAGAUCAAAUGUUGGAUUUGAUUUUUUCAAUGAAUAUUUUUAUAAUUUUUCCAGCUCCACUUUUGUCGUCAACUCCUCGGGGUGAAACUUCCUAUGCCAACGGCUACAUGUCUCCUUUUUCACCUUCUUGUGAGUUUUUUUAAAGCCAUAAAAAGUGUGAGACAGCCUGAACCCUGGAAAGUUAGCCUUGAAAGUAUAGUGUUGCAGUAAAAUUCCUGAUGAGGAAAAAUUGUAAUAAAAACUAAUAAUUUUUUUCUCCCUGAAACUUUCAUAUUUUUUUCUCUAUUUUUUUCAGUGAACAUAUCUGUGACGGGCGGGGAUCCGACGUCGAUGAGAAUGCUGCCUUCGCGGCGCCACGACGCUCUUUACUACUACUUUUCUCGUCUGGUCAUGCCCAUCUGGAACUAUCCUCUCUGCAAGGUCGUCGCCGGAAAAGUUGGUCCAAAACUGAAAGUUCAGCUUUUAAAGCCGAGAUUUCAGCAACUAGAAAUGACAUUCGACAUCGGAGCUGUUCAACUUCUCGCCGAAGAAAUUCGAAAGUUGGGCCAAAUUGUUGAUGAUUUCCGAUUGGUUCCUUCUGUCGAGUGCAACGGCUAUCCCUCGACCACCGACCGUCUCAACGGUUUCUUCCUUUGGGAAAUAUAAAAAACAUAAGAGAGAAAUAAUAAAUCAAAAAAUAAUGAAAGGAGGUCUACCUUUCCGAUCAAACUUGUCCAGAUUGUGAAGCUUCAAAUUUUGAAGUUCUAAGUGAUCUUUUCAAUUUUGAGCCAUAAAAAAAUUUUUAAAAAGCUUUCGGGUAGUUGAUCUCAAAUUGUAUUCACCGUGAAAACUUACAUCUAGUUGUCCUCUUAUCACGGAGAAAUCUUUUUUUUUUAGUUCUGACCAUGUCCUGGUCAGUAGUUAACUCUUCUGAGGAUUUUAGGAUUUUUUAUCCUACAUUUCCUUCGAAAAAAAAUACAUUUUGGAAGCUUCAUUGAUAAGUUUUAGCCGAGGCUUCUUCUUUGGAGCGACUCUCUUUGAUCGGACUACGAAAACUCAUCGAAGCCACUGUGGUUAGAAAAAAAAACUAACCUCAAGUAAAAAGUCUAACCUAGGAAACCCUUUCCCUUUGGCUCUUGGCCAAAAACUUCAACUUGGCCGCAAUCUCUUCAGGAAUGGAUCCAAGUGUUCUACCGACCUUUGCUGCGAGAAAGUGACCCCAAUUUUUGAUGCAAAUUGAAAGACUUUUGAUUCUCAGAACAUCCCAAAUAGUCGCAGAAAAUCAGAACUUGAACGGAGAGCUGAUCAGAGCCAUGAUAAAGUUCUUCCUCGGCGACGAGGCCGGCACCAGCAUGCUUUCUGAGAGUCUUCGGUCUCUCUGCCCCACUCUCUAUUCUGUGGUUCGUUUCGAAAAGAUUCUUGUUUCGAAUCGGUCAAGAGUAGUUAGAAAUUUUAUAGAAUCGGCGAUAUUGAUCUUAUCAGUAAAGCUAGACCCGAAAAAGGUUUUAAAAGUUAUCGGUAUGCCUUUUUUGGUCAACUUCUGAUUUUUUCGCGAGAUUCCGCAUUUUGAUACGGUAGCCUUCAUGUCUGACCUUCUCUGUUUAGGAAAUUUCUAUCUGUAGCAAAAAGAAUUAUCACAUUUUUCAAGAAAUUUGUAUGUUAAUAAUCGGAAAAUUAAUAUUUUUUGAGAAGUAGAAGACAGAAAAUUGAAUAACCGAAAAAUGAGCUAAUAGCAUAAGCUUCUAGGUCAGCAAAAAUCGAAAUAACCAAAAUAGACUCUUUUUGUCUUAGAAGAGAGAUUCAGGAACCCUAUCAGAUGUUUUUCAAAAAGAGUAAGGGGGAUUAAAAGAUCUUUUUCCAACCACCUUUGCUGUUUAGUGGAACUAUUGAAUUUUUGUGAAAGAAAAAUUGUGCCUUUUUCAAAAGGUUUUGUCGAAAUUUAGAUAUCACAUCGAUUUUGACUCACCCUGCUUUAAAAUUAGUGUUGUGUAGUGAGAAUCCCAAAAAUUUCGAAAAAUGAUUUUUUUUUUAGGACGACGCAUGCGUUACAAACGGAAUGGAGCAGCUCGAAUCUGCAAAACGCGCCGGUCCUGGAGCCACAAGGAGAAAACUUGUCGCGACGGCGGUGAACAUGUUCAAGCAGUCGAUCACGAAGGUCGCCCUCGCCAAAACCUGCCAGCAACUCGCUGAGAAAGGUCUUUUUUGAAAUUCAUCAGUUUAUCACUGAAGUGAAAACUUCAGUUGGCGCCUACGAAGAAGUGGUCGACCUUUGCUUGUUGCGAGCGAGGAGAGACGACGCCAAACAGCUGGCCACGUUGGCGUUCAAACAGGGUAAAUGCGGAGAAGAUCCUGAAAUCCGCAGUGCUGAGCUCAAGAGAUCCGAGUGUUACAAGUAAGCUUUAAGAUUCAAAUUUCAAGACGCGGUGUAUUUUCAUGAAAAAAAAAAACAACUCGUGGUACCCCUCUUUAAGGUAGACUUCAAAUAGGACUUGAAAUAUGAAAUGAGAUUUUUUCUAUACUUUGAAAAAAAAGUCUGAAUAAGUUUAUUCGCCGUACUUGUUUCAAGCGUUUUCGCGGACGUUAGUUAGACUUUUUCUCACAUAAAUUUUUUUAAAAUAAUUGCUAUAAAGUUUCUGGUAAAGAAUAUUUUUCCUGGAAAAAAAUGUGUUCUGGGUUCUGGGAGUUUUGAGGUGUUUGCAAAAAAAAAAGUGAACUUUCGGAAUUAAUUUUGAAAAAUUGUCUUCACCGUAAAAAAAAAGUUUGCGUAUAAUGCGUGUCCGACUACUGUAUCUUAUUGCUUGGGAACUUCGGUUUUUUUUCGUCAAAAUUUCAUAUUUUUUUUGGUCGAAUUUUAAUUUUCUCACUAUUCGCACUCUCCUCAUGAAUUCAGCUCACUAUCAUUUGAACUUUGUCAAUUUUAGAGUGAUAACCGAUGAAUUGGACCGACUUGAGCAAAGUGCUGCGCAAAUCGGAGAUGUGAGCAACGAACACGUAAAAUCAGAUCAAGCUAAUUUAUCAAUCCGAACAUAUUUUUAGGUCUUGAACAGAGAUGUGAUGAUAAACGCCGUCCUGGGAUCAGACGACGAACUGGCUCAUUUCGCCAUUUUCCGUUGGCUUUUGGAGAAGAGGAAAGCCAACAUUGUUCUUGAGGUUGAGAUUUUCCCAUCAUCUAUAUUCAUUCAUUCUUUGUAGAGCAAGUCGCCCUACAUCGAGGCUUUCCUCUGCAACGAAAUCAACUCGGGAAGAGGCCAGAAGUACUUCGACCUGCUGUGGAAGUUCUACGAGAAGAGCGGGAAUUACGAAAAGGCAGCUCGACUUCUCAGUAAACUGGCGGAAAAUGACAAGUUCGUGAAAAAAAGAUGUUUGAGCAUCAUUUAGAUGCAUCUAGUUAUUUUCAGAAACAUUAGAGAACUCAAAUUUUUUUUCUCGAUUUUCCGCUUCUAGAUAAUAAGAAUGAGCAGUUCAAGCUUGUUUGAGCUCAAAAUUUGGCCUUGCCUGAAAUUUCAGAAAUUAAGCUUCUGUUUUUUAAAAAUCUCGUUUGAAUGCACCACCUAGUGCGCCUGUAAAAGAAACUUGAUCUUGAAAAUAAUUAUAAUCUUGUUCAAAACGAGUGCUUUCAUUCCAAUGGUUCCUAGUUCGGAAACUUUUCUUCCAUGGUUCUGAUUGAAAUUGCUGCAGUUUCGACAUUCCGCUGGUCCAGCGUUGCUCCUACCUUUCUCACGCGAUCAUGUGCGCUCAGGCGAGCAAAGAUCCCAAUAUCACCGCCAGCAUCGAAGAUCUGCGUGACAGACUCGACAUUGCCAACAUUCAGACGACCAUCAGGUGAAAAAUCAAGGAAAUCCCCAAUUUUGACACAUUUUUCCGUUCAGAGAUGCUCUGGACGCGCCUCGAUAUGAGGAAGUUUCCAAGAAACUCGAUGGUCCAAUAAUGCCUCUUCAAGACCUUCUCGUUCAGUAUGUGGUAUGUCAUUUUAAUUUUUAUUGAGUAGGGCUAUUGGUUUUUCUGUCAGAUGCCUUACAAGUUGUACAAAAUCAAGCUUGCCAUCUUCCACUGCGCCAACAUGUACAUCGAGGAGCACAUCUUCGCGACUUGGGAUUCCAUCAUCCAAGAAGGUUCUCAUUGGCUGAUUAAUAUCGAAGACAUUUUUUUUUGUCCAUAAAAAUGUGUGGCAAGAAAAAGAAAUUUCGAAAUAGUUGUCUUUGGAGGCCUUUUUACGAAGAGAAUGGCGCAGUUGGGAAGCAGUUCUCCAUCCUCUUUCAUAAUUUGAAGAAUUUCGCCCCAGAUUGAAAAUGAGAGACAUGAGAAAACUCUUUUUUUCAAUAUUUAGAGCCCAUCCUUCAACUAGAUAAGAAAAAAAUUUAGGAUUUUCCUUAAAAUUCCUACCGUAACCUUGAAAAGGAGCGUGGUUUCGUAUUAUCUAUACCUUCAAUCUAAAUCUAAUAAUUGUGACAACGAAUAUCAACUUGAAAUUUUUAUGUCAACAAGUUAUCGAAAAUCGCCCAAAAUGUGUAUGGAUGUCAGUAGGGCUUUCUCUCAUCGUGAUCGCGACGCUUUGAGCCAUUCCAUGCGCGACCGCGGCGUUUUCAUUAAUUAUAAAGUCGCCACAUAAACCUUUUCUUCAGUUUUCGAAGCGGCUAGUGAUGAGGUGACCCUCUGCGAGAACCUUCUCAGCACCAUCUAUGAACUUUAUUCCAUUUACCGCGAAACCAGGUAUUUCCCCAAAGGUGAGUCCUAUUCAGGAGCAUCACAUAGUGAAAUUUCUCAUUCAGUUGUGAUCAUCCAAAAAAUUCUCGAAGUCGGCGCUGGAGGCGUCAUGCACGGGUCCAACCGCCAUUAUCUGCCUGUCAAGUUCUUCUCGGCCCUCUCGAAACGCAUCGAGAUCUCUAAUGUGGCCCUUCUAGAGCUCUUUUCCAAUAUCUUCAGGUUUUUCUCCAUUCGUCUCACUUUUGGGCAAGAAAGAGCUUUUUAGAGGAGACGCUUGGUGGACCCAAAACGAAAAGGGACAAUUUUACCUGACACAAAUCGUCCACCACCUCUCCAGAUGCGUUCUGGCUGAACUGGACAAGCUCUCUGUAGCCAAAAGGUUUUUUCAUUUUUCUUUUUCGCAAAAGUUUUUCUCUUUUUGUAUUUACAGGUCAGAAAGUUUCUCAGCAGAAAAAUCUAGCUCUUCCUCAAAGCUUUUCACUGGAAGGGUACUUGUCAACGAGAAAAAAGGGUGUCUAAAAACAUGACCGAAAUAAGUUCCGUAUGAGACAGAGUAAAAACCAUGAUGGGACCUGUCUAAGAACAUUGGAAGAAAUUUUUGUUAGGUCCGAAAAGGUUUCUUGAAUUUUUCUCGUGUUCUCGGAGUUGAUCGGCUUCAUAAGAUCCAAAUAAAGAAUUUUUAAACUUUUUGGUAUGGUAAAGCUUCAGGUUUGUCGAUCGUUUUUUUUUGAUGAUUUUGUGAGAAAACCCUCUUUUUAACUGACUGAGUUUUGAACCUUGAUUCUGAAGUAAAAUUUCGAGUCUUCCUCCGUCAAAGUAUAGUCGAUUACAUCCGUGACUGGAAAAAUAUUGAUAUUUUGAUUUAUUUAUUGAUUGAUUGAUUGAUCUAUUGAUUUAUUGUCCUCAAUCAUCGUUUCCUGCAGGAAAGUGGUGGCGAACGAAUGCAACGCCCAGAUAAUGCCGUUCAUCCGUCGCGCCUGUGACGUCAGCUCCUCGCAGCGACUCCAGAACGUCGGCGAAGAGCUGACCACCGUCCAGCUCCGAUUCUCUUCCUUCCUCUGA